AACUCGAUCUCCAUUCCGAUGGCAAACGAAUCGACGCCGACCGGCGGCGGAGCCACCACAAUAGAGGACCUCCACGAUGACGUGCUGACGAGGGCUCUCCGGCACCUGGACGGGCCUGCGUUGGCGGCAGCGAGCUGCGCCACCUCCCGCCUCCGGUCGGUCUCCACCCAGCCCCACAUCUGGCGCGACAUCUGUCUCGCCACCUGGCCCUCCCUCCGCCACCCCCGCCUCCUCCGCAUCCUCCCUUCCUUCCCCCACUCUUACCGCUCCUUCUUCUUCGAUGCCCACCCCUUCCCCUCCCUCCACGCCACUGCAGCCGGACGCGGCCGCCUCACGGAGCUCAUCUCAGCCGUCGAUCUCUACCACGACGGCGCCCCGAUCUUCUCCCGUGUCGUGGAGACGGAAACCACCUCUUCCUGGUUCCAAGGCGCGCCCUUUCGGAUCGACGCCCUCGACCGGAAGGACCUAUCAACGGCGGCCCUGGUGAUCUCGCCGGCGGACCUGACACUUAGCUGGGUAAUUAUCGACCCGGCCGGACUCCGGGCGGUGAACCUAUCUAGCCGGCGACCGGUGGCGGUAGACCGCCAAUGGUACACGUGGGACACCCUGGUCCGGUUCGCGACGGUUUUGGAGGUGGGCGGCUCGGUUUACUCGGCCACGGUGGUGGUCACGUGCCACGAGGCGACGGGGCACGUGAGGGAGCUGGGCCUAACGGUCGAGGACAUUGAUGGGAUUUGCUUGAAUGGAAGGAACAGUCUGGGGAUUUUGGGGGCGGCGCUGGAAGGUGAAAGGAAGAGGGAAACAGAGGGAGAAACGGAGAUGAGAUACGAGGGGUUCGCGAAGGGGAAACGGCAGCGGGAGGAGUGGACGGCGAUGAGAGAGAGGAUGCUGGAUUUGUGCUGCACCACCGUCGGGGUCUCGGCGUUCCUCAGUUUUUUAGCACUGGUGGCUUUCCCAUAAUUGUUAUAGAUAAAAUACAAGAAAGGAGUAGUGUGAUAAUUUAUUUUUUUUUCAUGUUCAUUGCCGGCCGGUAGGUCGGAGAGUUCGAAAGAUCAGAAAAUUACAGCCUCACUUAAGGAAGCAAUGCCAAUUAUACGUCGAAAUAUACGCAGCGAAGAAAGCUCAUGGAUAAGAUUCUUCGAUUGUGCCCAAUCUUCGAUAUAAAUUUUCUUUCUCAUAAUAUCAUUCGUAUAUGAUUAAGAUGAGCUAAUCGUUCUUGAUUUCUUGUAUUUUUGUAGGCCUCUGAUAUCUUGGGAAGUUUUAUGUACAUUUCUAGGUCCUUUAAGCUGAAUGCUGACACAAGCUGCAUUAUGCUAAUAUUAGGAAUUAUAUACGACCAAGCAUGCAUGUAAAUUUUUGGUACUUGGCUUACAAUUUAUAAACAAGUAAAUACAGUGAGUAGGUUUGAUUUAAA